AUGCAACACAAGGCUAAAUAAAUCCAGUGCUAAGAUAAUUUUUUUACUGCUUUUGUGAUGAAGAUAUACAGAAGCUAACGUUAGAAAAACAAGGCAAAUUAACGAUUUUUAAAGUAACUCUCAGACAUGGGAAUGGGUCUUUAAAACCGAAUAUUGUUUUGUUUGUCAAAACGACAGCAAAGAUUCCAAAACUUGUAAAGAGAUGGAAUCGAGCCCACUUUAUAUUUGGAUUUGAAGAUGAAUUUGCAGAUGCUUUUUCAGGAUUUCAAUCCCAGCAAAUUUGUGGUGCACUGUUGUUUGUUAAUAUUUAUAACUUUAUUCGCGUUACGAUUAGACGAAUAUAUAUCUUGGUCUUACUGGACCGUGUUUACACCAAUAUGGGUUUGGAAAGCGUUGGUGAUCCUCGGAGCUACAGUCGGUAGUUUUGUAUGGUGGAGGUAUCCUCAUUUUAGGUUAGAAGGUGAAGCAUACAUUCAUUACAAGUCGAUGUUAAUAUCCCUAGCCCUGCAUUUAAUUUUGUUAAUGUUUGAAUUGUUAGUCUGUGACCAACUUGAAUCUUCCAGACAUUUGUGGAUAUUAGUGUUUAUUCCGCUAAUUUUUAUAUCUAUAGUUAGUAUAGCUGUGUGCAUAUGGGCAGUUAAGCAUGAUAGGUCAUUUGAGGCAGAACUUUUCUGCGCUGUUAAUGUUCUACAAUUUAUAUUCCUAGCUUUAAGACUUGACAAGUUUAUUCUGUGGUCAUGGGAGGUUGUCUUUGUGCCAUUGUGGAUCGUAAUGUGCCUAUCGCUGGUGGGUGUUUUGUAUACGAUAAUAUUUGCGGCCAUUUUAAUGCGGACGCCAGAGGUCAACACGCAACAAAGGCGGAGCAGUUUUCAAUCUGCCGUCGGAUAUACAUUCUUGGUUAUUCCUAUAUUGAUAUUUCAAGUAUUAUUAGCGAAUAAAUUAGAUGAGGAUAUUCAUUUGUCCUACACUGCUGUCGCGAGUCCCCUUUUCAUUUCCUUCAUUAACCUGAUUCUGAUGUCCUUCAGUGCCAAAGGGGCCAACAAAUGGUGGUUCGGGAUGCGCAAAGACUUUUGCUCUUUCGUGUUGGGCGCGUGCCCCCUACUACAAGAGUAUGGCAAUAUCGGCUACCAGCCGGAACGUAGACAGAACGGAGUUGAGCUCGAGCAGCAAUUGGACAAAAAUGAUUCCCAAAUAAAAAAGGCCGACAUGAUGAAGCCCGUCUUGCCCAUCAUAUCAAUAGAAAUGCCAGACUGAAGUAUUAGGUUAGUCAGUUUGAGGAUCUAUGUUUUUCCUUAAAGUAGCUGACAUCUUGGACUCAGUUUUUGAUUCCGCAUUUUCGAAUAUCUAACAAUAAAUAGUAACUUAAAGCGAAUAUAUAUUAGGUGGGAAAGUUCAGAACAAACAUCAUAUAGCAGCGAUAAAGGGCCACGAAUAGCAUUAUAAAGAGAAGUAAAGUAAAGCUUUAAGAACGUUUUCUACUAUAAUUUGAAAUACUUUAAUUCUCUUUGUUUAAUAUUAUUUGGUAACUGGUUGAAGCAUUUAAAAGCAAAAUAGUUUUAUGCUAUACCUAGAUUUUUCCAGUCAGAGAAAUCGGGGUUUAUAUCUUCAUUAACGAGUGAAAGGCAUUAUUGUUACAAUUCCCGGCAUAUUAAAGUGUUUUUUUUGUUUGUUCUAAAUGUUAAUCUCUCUAUUAUCCUUAUUUCUCUUCAUAUGUCAAUAUUGCACUAGUUGGUAUUGACUCGAACAGGGAAAAACAGGCAAUGCAUGUUAUUUUUCAAAUUAAACAACCUGAAAAAAUUAAAAACUAGUAUUUAAAUAUCUCUCAUUAGAAACAAUCACUAAAAGAUAGCAGAAGAAAAUUAGGGUUAAGAAAGUCAAGCUUAACAGUGAAGUAAAGCAACAUAUGUACAGGUGUAGAACUUUUCAAGUGACUAUAAAGCAUCUUUUUUUUUACUUCUUAGUUGAGUUCCAGUUAAACAUAGUCCAUGGAAAUUCAGUCUUAAGCACUACUGGAUGUGAAUAUCCCUGUCACAGUUAUAUUAGAGAGAAUAGUUACUUUUCAUAUAAAAUACGGCCCCCUGCUCUGCAUUACAGUGUAUCUCAGAUGGGAAUCCAUGAGUUGGAAUUUAUGGUUCUUUUAUAAUUAGGGUUUAUAAUAAAACAAUAUGUAUAUUUUUCUUCUUUAAUAUAGUCUCGAUGUGUGCAUCCCAUAUUGAUUUUUGGUCUUGGGCCACCUAGAAAAAUGUAAGGCUGGCAUCCCUAGGUUCCAUCCGUUUUAGUAAAAAGACCAUAUUUUGCGGUCUCUGAUUCAUUUAAAUACAUUUUAUUUGACGCAAACCUUAAAAAAUUUGGUUUUAACCACAAAAAAAUCACUAUAGCUAAAAUGAAACUUGUCUGGUAUAGUUUCCACAUUUAAUAAAUGUUAGGGAAAUGAAAGAUGACCAUUGAAAAAAUGUAUGCUGUUUUCUAUUGUACACAAAUACACAAAACAAGCAUUUAAGAAUAUUACAUAAUUCGUAAUUCCAAGUAAGCAGUCAUGAUAAUAAUCCUAAGCGACUAAAAUACAUAACCUGAAAUUGCCACAGCCAAAGCAAUUUUAAUUUAAACAUUGUUUUCUGUCUGAAGAUAUCAUCACUUCAUUUUAAAGCAAAGUUAUGAGUUUAUCGAAAGCGGCAUCCAAGAAUCGUAAACCCAAUAGCAUUGCCUAAUCCGCCAAAUCUGUCCGCAAGUGCAGUGCGAAAACUCUUGCUGGCUGUGACAUAGGUGAAGUACUGUAUUGGCGCGUUUACUAUGUAAAUGCAUGGAAAUAAUCUGAAACGAACCCGAGUUUUGAUGGACUUUGAGUAUUUUGAGUAGCUAAUAUAGCAUUUUGUUUGGAUAAUCACUCGUUGUUACCAUUUAAUGUCAACAUUAAAUCGUUUUAGUACUUAUUUAAUAAUUAUUGGGAAGUAGCGUGGGGUAGGGUCUCAGGUAGGGUAAAAAUAAUGCUAUUACAAUCAAGUUUGGUUUAUAUGUAUUAUCUUGAAACACAUAUAUUAAUUAAAUAUUGUUACACAUAAAUACAGAAAACGAUUUACUUGUAAAACUUUGUGUUUUACGGCAUUCUACCACUUUAAAUAUACAAAAAUCAACAAAUACUUAUAAACUAGAAAUCCUUAUUUUUAGAUAAGGAACAUAUUAAAAAACAAAAAAUAUAUUAGGAAUACAUAACAACUAUUUAUUGGUGGUAGGUAAAUAAUAAUAUGUAUUUAUAUGUACCCUCGUAUGUAAAUAAUAUAAAAAAUACAUAUUACUACAUAUACUUAAAUCUUUAUUUUGCAAUUUUACCAUACUUUCUUUUUUUUUUCUGUGGGUAUCAUCUUGUAAAGAUUUUCUAUUCAGACUAACGUUAUAUUUUGCUUUUAAAUUUCUGAAGUUCAUACGAAUUAUCGUUCUCAGCUUACAAAAAUCUCUAACUAAACUAAAUGGUAAUUCUUUUUCUGUUUUAUAUAUUUUUUUUGCUAAGUUUUUACCACCCCUUGCCCUUUUCGAAACGAAUCACCAUGAUGGGCUUCAAAAUAAAAGUUCCAGUUUGGCUUCUGGUUAAAUAAUUAUAGGAUGGGAACAGCAGUUUUUUUUAGAAUCUUUUUUAAAGGUAAACCGAAAAUUUAAAUUUUGUAGUGAAUUUAAUGUGUUACUCAAGACACCUAUCCUAACCUGUAAGUCUCUUUCGUAAUCAUUUUCAGUAAAAUGAACUGAGCAGACAGCUUUUAUCUGGAUUAAGUUUGUCCUCUAUUCGACACCGAACUAGCGAUGAAAACUACAUUUUCAAGAACUUGCUUUUUCAUCAAAAUAGUUGUUAUUGCACCCAUACAUGCCACAACUCGUUCCAGACAUACCUAACUAUUUUUUGAUGUAACUUAUCCCACUGAAAAAGGUAAAAUAAAUGUAUUGCUUACCUUUACCUAUAUUAUUAUGUGUAAUUUUUUCAGCUGACGUGACCUGAGUCUUUGUUUAAUGUUAAAAAUACUGUUUUUCUCAGUUCUUGCUACUCAAGCACAUACGAUUUCAAAGUAUUUGUUAAAGCUUAAAAACACUGUAUUGUCCAAGUUUUUUUUACAGAUAUACAAUUAACACAAACAUAAGCCCACUACUCACUAGUUUAAAUUAUUUUAGUUGUUCAAAGAACACAAAAUACAACGGUUUUAAUACGCCUUCAAAUGCAUUGAGAGAAUACACUAAAACCGUUAGAGGAUUUCGCUUACGUCACAAGCGACCACGUGUAAUCGAUAAUUUUGGCGAACAUAUGUCUUAUGGGAUUGGGCAAUCCUAUUAGGUUUACGAUUCUUGGCCGCAUCUAUGUCACUUUUUCACGAAAUGUCAAAUUCACCAACUGUCAGCCGUCAUUUUGAACGCCUUAAGCACAGCAUUUUUAAUUACUUUACUUUGUGGUUAAUUCUAUUGUGAAGGAAGGCACUGCUUUCGGUGGCUUCUAAUUGCGGAGGGAAGAUAAACUAUGACCUUGCGCUAGCAAGAGCCAUGCGUGCCUGCAACAAUAACUAAUCUAUUAUCGAUGGCGGAAUAGAGACAGAGAAAGAUACAUAAAAGUAUGAUGGUUCUGACAGCCUAAAAUCGAAUUCAAGUGACUCACGCUUCACUCACCUUUUG